AUGCUGUCGCGCCUCUUCGGCGCGAGCGAGUCCUCGAGGACGCGCCCGACCUGGUACGACCGCCAGAUCUCGCCCCUCCUCCAGGCUGUGUGUCGCCGCGCGUGCACUCACCCCAUCCACACCAUUGUCUUCACCGCGCUGCUUGCGAGUACCACCUACCUCAGCGUCAUUGAGAGCAGCCUGUUCACCGGCUCUGCUUCCGCGAGCAGCUCUCUCGGCAAGGCCGACUUCAACACUCUGUUGGCUGGCAGCAAGACCCUGAGGAUUGGGCCCGCGUCCGAGUGGACCUGGCAGGCCGACGAGGACGUCACUCUCGAUGAGACCUACGAGAAGCUCGCCCUCCUGACCCUUCUUUUCCCCGAGUCCACCCCCGCCAAUGCGCCCCAGACCGCCCCUCUGGGCAAUGCCGUCCCUAUCCCGCGCAACUCCUCGGCCGAAUUGCUCCCCAGCUCCUCCUCCGCCUUCUCUCAGAUCUCGCACGAUACCUCUCUCGCCUUUUCCAUCCCCUAUGACGAGGCCUCUGAGUUUCUGGCCGCCAUGCAGGAGCUCCCCGCUCCUAUUGGUGCUUCGGACGCACAGAAGGCCGAAGACGGCUCCGUCGAGGAGAAGAAGUGGAUCAUGAAGGCCGUCAAGAACGCCAGUAGUAGCCCCACCGAUUUGCGUCGCUGGGCUACCGAGUCCUGGACUUCUUUUCUGGACCUUCUCAAGAACGCCGAGACGCUUGACAUCGUCAUCAUGGCCCUUGGCUACCUCUCCAUGCACCUGACUUUUGUGUCGCUCUUCCUCUCGAUGAGGCGCCUGGGCUCCAACUUUUGGUUGGCUGCCACCGUCCUUUUCCAGUCCGUUUUCGCAUUCCUGUUUGGUCUGACCGUCACCUCCAAGCUCGGCGUCCCGAUCAACAUGGUUCUGCUUUCCGAGGGCCUGCCUUUCCUGGUUGUCACCAUUGGCUUUGAGAAGCCGAUUGUUCUGACCAAGGCCGUGCUUUCUGCUUCUCUGGAUGCGCGCCGGCGUCAUUCCGCCAUCGGCGAUAACACGCCGUUGACAAUCCAGUAUGCUGUUACCACCGCAGUCAAGGAAAAGGGCUUUGAAAUCGUCCGCGACUACUUUGUUGAGAUUUUGAUCCUGGUCGCAGGCGCCUUCUCGGGCGUCCAGGGCGGUCUGCGCCAGUUUUGCUUUCUCGCGGCCUGGAUUCUCUUCUUCGAUUCUCUCCUGCUCCUGACCUUCUACACUGCCAUUCUCACCAUCAAGCUCGAGAUCAACCGUAUCAAGCGCCAUGUCUCUCUGCGCAAGGCUCUUGAGGACGAUGGUGUGAGCCGCAGUGUGGCCGAGAACGUCGCUACGAACAACGACUGGCCCUCACUUAGCUCUUCCGGUACCGAGGACGGCAGUGCUGCCCACACUGACAUUCCGGGCUUUGGCAAAAAGAUGAAGGAGACCAGUGUCCCUCGCUUCAAGGUUCUUAUGGUCACGGGCUUCAUCGUCGUAAACAUUCUGAACGUCUGCACCAUUCCCUUCCGCAGUGGAUACUACAGCUCCAGCGCGUCUUCUGGACUUGCCAGUAUGGUCAACCCCGCUGCCAUGGAUCCUUUCAAGGUCGCGGGUAACGCUCUGGACACAAUUGUGACUUCCGCAAAGUCGAAGAACACUGCUGCGCUGGUUACCGUUCUUACACCCAUCAAGUACGAGCUCGAAUAUCCCUCGGUCCACUACGCCAUCCAGGAGCCUGUCUCCAGCCUUUUCGGUGGAAACUACAAGGAUCAGUUGAUGGACGGCAUGGGUGGUCGCGUGGUUGAUGGUGUGCUGAAGAGCCUUGAGGACCCCGUCCUCAGCAAGUGGAUCAUCGUUGCUCUGGCUCUUAGCUUGGCUUUCAACGGCUAUCUUUUCAACGCUGCGCGCUGGUCCAUCAAGGACCACACCCAGCCCAGCAACAUCAAGCCUCCUGAGGAGUACGAGGUCAUGGACAAGGCUCCUAGCAACGUCAGACUUGUUGAUUCUGGUGCUCCUCUUCGCCCCCUCACUCCUGCUAUCCCGCCGGCUACUAUCAGGAAAGACGACGAUUCCGAUGAUGGACUAGAGAUGAAGCCUACCGCGCACCAAGUUGACCCGUCUGGCCCCAAACGCCCUAUGCACGAGCUUGAGAUUCUUCUGAAGGAGAAGAAGGCCCCUUCAAUGACCGACGAGGAACUGAUCGAGCUUGCUGUUCGGGGCAAGAUUCCUGGUUAUGCUCUCGAAAAGACGUUGGAGAACAAGGUUCGCGCUGUGAAGAUCCGCAGAGCAGUCGUUUCCCGCACCCAUGCUACCCGUCAAACGUCUUUCCUUCUCGAAAAAUCCAAGCUGCCCUAUGAGCACUACAAUUACGACCUCGUCCACGGCGCCUGCUGUGAGAACGUCAUCGGCUAUCUUCCCCUUCCUCUUGGUGUUGCCGGUCCCCUCAACAUUGAUGGCCAGAACUACUUCCUGCCCAUGGCUACCACUGAAGGUGUCCUGGUCGCUAGUACGAGUCGCGGCUGCAAGGCCAUCAACGCCGGCGGUGGCGCUGUCACUGUUCUCACCGGCGACGGCAUGACUCGCGGUCCUUGCGUUGGCUUCGAGACUCUGGCUAGGGCUGGACAGGCCAAGGUCUGGAUUGAUUCCGAGGAGGGCCAGAAGGUCAUGAAGGCCGCCUUCAACUCCACCAGCCGUUUUGCUCGUCUCCAGUCGUUGAAGACGGCGUUGGCUGGAACCUACCUGUACAUUCGCUUCAAGACGACCACUGGCGAUGCCAUGGGUAUGAACAUGAUUUCUAAGGGUGUUGAGCACGCUCUGAGCAUCAUGAAGAACGAGGGCGGAUUCGAGGACAUGGCCAUUAUCUCUGUUUCUGGAAACUUCUGUACGGACAAGAAGCCCGCUGCUAUCAACUGGGUGGACGGACGUGGCAAGAGUGUGGUGGCGGAGGCUAUCAUCCCAGCUGAUGUGGUCAAGAACGUCUUGAAGAGCAACGUGGAUGCACUGGUUGAGCUCAACAUUGCCAAGAACCUGAUUGGAUCAGCCAUGGCUGGAAGUAUCGGUGGUUACAACGCGCACGCCGCGAACAUUGUCACCGCUAUCUUCUUGGCAACUGGACAGGACCCGGCUCAGAAUGUGGAGAGCAGCAACUGUAUUACCGUCAUGAAGAACAUGAACGGCAACCUGCACAUUUCGGUCUCCAUGCCUUCGAUCGAGGUCGGCACCAUCGGUGGUGGCACCAUCCUAGAACCUCAGAACGCCAUGCUUGAUCUGCUCGGCGUCAGGGGAGCACACCCGACCAGCCCCGGUGACAACGCCCGCCAGCUUGCUCGCAUCAUCGCUGCUGCGGUCCUGGCGGGUGAGCUCAGCUUGUGCAGUGCGCUCGCUGCAGGCCACCUCGUCCAGGCGCAUAUGAGCCACAACCGUAGCCAGGCUCCUUCUCGUUCCACUACUCCGGGGCCGGUUGGAAUCCAAACGCCCACCACUCUGGCUAUGACGAACAUCAAGGACAAGGCGGCCGGCCGCCGCUGA